AUGAUUGUAGAAGAGAUUGUGGCAUGUCCAAAUAGUGUUGAUACUUACUGGGAGAUUGAGCCUGAACAAUUAAACAAGAUAUACGAGCUUUGCGGAUCUCCUGAUGAGAUUAACUGGCCUGGAGUUUCCAAGAUUCCUUGGUAUAACAAGUUCAAACCAGCAAGGUCAAUGAGGAGACGAGUUAGGGAGGUUUUCAGACAGUUAAGCAGACACAAGCUGAUGUUUUACAGAAUGCUUUUCGAUCGCCAUGCUCUGGAUUUACUGGAUAAAAUGCUUAGUCUUGAUCCAUCUCUGAGAAUAUCUGCAAAGGAUGCACUUGAUGCUGAAUAUUUCUGGACUGAUCCCUUGCCUUGUGAUCCCAAGAGUUUGCCUAAAUAUGAAUCCUCGCAUGAGUUCCAGACAAAGAAAAAAAGACAACAGCAGAGACAAAAUGAAGAAAUAGCAAAGAGACAGAAACUGCAUCACCCACAACAGCAUGCACGCCUGCCUCCCAUCCAACAAACUGGGCAAGCUCCUCCUCCAUAUUGGUCUGGACCUAAUCAUCUCGUGAACAAUUCCCAGCCUCCACUUCAUCAUCAGUACGGAAAGCCUCGUGGUCCUCCUGGAGGGCCUAAUAGGUAUCCUCCAAGUGGAAACCCCAGUGGCGGGUAUUAUCCAGAUCCAGGGGGUCAAGGUGGGGGGUAUAGUGGUGGGUCAUAUCCAUCUCAGGGACGGGGACCAUAUCCUGGAAGCAAUGUGCCCACUAAUGGUCCCCAAGGAGCCACGGGUGGUUAUGGAGUUGGCCCUCCUAACUAUCCCCAAAGUGGUCAGUACGGAGGCUCUGGUGCUAACAGAGGUCCUAAUCCAAUGGCCAGUAGUCGAAAUCAGCAGUAUGGUUGGCAGCAAUAG